GAGGGACUUGCCCGGGAAGGCCGUGCUGCGACUCCUAGUCGGGAGGGCAACAGAAGACUCCGAAGAAGACGUUGCGCUUCUUUGAAAACUUGUGGAGGCCCUGAGCGGGGCACACGGGAGCCCCUAACGGGCAGCCUCCCUGUGGGGAUGUGCGGUCUGGGCGCUCCGUUCAGGUUGACGGUUUCCAGAGUAUGGCGCCCUCGUUGCGUACGAGAGACAGUCCCAGGUUCGCUCCCGAGACGCCUCAGUCCGGUGGAGCCGGGCCGAGGGCGGACCCGGGAGCGGCCUGAGCCCCCGAGAAGCUCAGCCGCCGACCCCUCCCUAUCGUCUCUGCAGCCCUUGCGCCGUUAAGCACCGGUGGGCUGUUUUGUUCUAAACAGCCCGGUGACGUUCUGGGGCGGGCUGUGUGUGUGUGUGUCUGUGUGUGUCGCCAAUCGCAGCCAUCAGAAAACGGGCCCUGGACGGACGCAGCCCAGGAUUCCCUGGCAGCCUAGAGGGGCAUCUAGGUCGGCCGUAUUCGCUGUGCAACACUCGGGCUGGGCAGAUUUCCAGCCAAGUUAAAGUUAAUGGUUGUUGGCCUUGGGGAGCAGUAUUACAAAGAUGCCAUGGAGCAGUGCCACAAUUACAAUGCCCGCCUCUGUGCUGAGCGCAGCGUGCGCCUGCCUUUCUUGGACUCACAGACCGGAGUAGCCCAGAGCAACUGUUACAUCUGGAUGGAAAAGCGACACCGGGGUCCAGGAUUGGCCUCUGGGCAGCUAUACUCCUACCCUGCCCGGCGCUGGCGGAAAAAGCGGCGAGCACACCCUCCUGAGGAUCCGAGGCUUUCUUUCCCAUCAAUUAAACCAGACACAGACCAGACCCUGAAGAAGGAGGGACUUAUCUCUCAGGACGGCAGUAGUUUAGAAGCUCUAUUGCGCACUGACCCCCUGGAGAAGCGAGGUGCCCCGGAUCCUCGAGUUGAUGAUGACAGCCUGGGCGAGUUUCCUGUGACGAAUAGUCGAGCACGGAAGCGGAUCCUAGAACCGGAUGAUUUCCUGGAUGACCUUGACGAUGAGGACUAUGAAGAAGACACUCCCAAGCGUCGCGGCAAGGGAAAAUCCAAGGGUAAAGGUGUGGGCAGUGCCCGUAAGAAGCUGGACGCUGCCAUCCUGGAGGAUCGGGACAAGCCCUAUGCCUGUGACAAUAGUUUCAAACAAAAGCAUACCUCGAAAGCGCCCCAGAGAGUUUGUGGAAAACGUUACAAGAACCGACCAGGCCUCAGUUACCACUAUGCCCACUCCCACUUGGCUGAGGAGGAGGGCGAGGACAAGGAAGACUCGCAGCCACCCACCCCGGUUUCCCAGAGGUCCGAGGAGCAGAAAUCCAAGAAAGGUCCCGAUGGUUUGGCCCUGCCCAACAACUACUGUGACUUCUGCCUGGGGGACUCCAAGAUCAACAAGAAGACAGGACAACCCGAGGAGCUGGUAUCCUGUUCUGACUGUGGCCGCUCAGGGCAUCCGUCCUGCCUCCAGUUCACGCCCGUGAUGAUGGCAGCUGUGAAGACCUACCGCUGGCAGUGCAUCGAGUGCAAGUGCUGCAACAUCUGUGGCACCUCCGAGAAUGAUGACCAGCUGCUCUUCUGUGAUGACUGUGAUCGUGGCUACCACAUGUAUUGUCUCACCCCGUCCAUGUCUGAGCCUCCUGAAGGAAGCUGGAGCUGCCACUUGUGUCUGGACCUGUUGAAGGAGAAAGCUUCCAUCUACCAGAAUCAGAACUCCUCUUGAUGUGGCCACCCCCAACCCCUCAUACAUCUAGAGCUGUUUCUCUCCUCCUUUCUUGUUUUUCAUACCCCCUUUCCCUCCCUCCUCUCUUUCACAAGUCCAGAGAACCUCGGGGUGGUCGUGCCAACCUGCCUUUGGCAGCAGCAAGCUGAGGUGGCAGCUCUUGACCGCCUCUGGCCCCAGGCCCUCAGGGAGAACGGAGCAGCACACUGCCCCAAGGCGUACCUGUGGGCCCUGCUUCUCACUGCUCUCCAUGAAUCCAUGAAGUGCAUUCACUCUGUCUGCCUUGGGCCCCUGCUCUGGUGAUCACAGGGUUCAAACAGUGUCCUCCGAGAAAGGGUGGAGAGCAGCUCACUCCUCUAGCUCUGCCACCAGGUUGGGGCCUCUGCCAGGAGCAGCUGGGAGUGAGCUGCACGGGCUUAGGUGGCGCUGGCAAGGAGCUUCCCGUGCCCUUCGUGCUGCUUAGCCUCACCGCCUCCUCUCCCCAGAGUGGCUCCCUGUGGCCCUCUGUUCCUGAUACCCAGGAUCCUUGCCUGAGCCAGGACGCUCUUGGCUCUGCCCUUUUCCCGCUGCCCCACCCCCGGGGCAUAGCAGCUUCACCCUGAUUCAUUCUUGUGCUCGCCUGGCUCCCGCUCACAGGUGGUUUCUAGUGACUGAAGCAUUCCCCACCCUUGUUAUUUCCUAUCUUCUGCCUCCCCUCCUUAUUCCUUUUGGUUUUAUGGGGAGAGGGGAAGCAUCAGGGGGCCAGGCCAGCAGCUUGGGGGCCACAGGGAGAUGUUGGAUAAUGUGCCUGUUUUUUAACUCGAUGAAAAAGCCUACCUCCGAAAUCCCCUUUUUGUUCUUCCUGGACCUGGGCGUUCAGCUCCUGCCCUUAACUGAAUUGGGAGCCUCUGCCUCCUGUUCUGUGUAUCCUGGCUCCUGGGUCGUGGGAAGCCAGAGACAUCCCUUUAUUCCCUUGCACGCUCACUAGCAGCUGCUAAGGUCUUCACACCCUGAUUCUUCAAUUUUCUGCCUGGUGACACAUUAAGUAGUGGGGGGACAAUCCAUGCCAGGACAUCCUGGAGUGUGCUUCCCCUUGGCUGUGGGCAGGCCCUAAUUCACUGUCGCUUUGGAGUUGAGGUGUCUUUUUUUUCUUUCUUUAGUUCCUGUAUUCUAAGUAUUAGUACAAAUAAACAUUUUUACACAGA